UUAGGUUUAUUUGGGUUUCAUAGAUUAUAUUUAGAAGAUUACGAUUAUUUUGUAAUUUAUAUGUUUACACUUUCUAUUUGUGGGGUUGGAUUUUUUGUAGAUUUAUUUUAUUUACCAACAAUGAUUAAAAGAUAUAAUAAAAAGGUUAAAAAGCAAAAAGAUAUUAUUUCACGAACUGGUACCGAAGGGGAA